AUGGCUUUCGAUCUUGUUUGUUUGGGGAACCCACUGCUCGAUUUGCAGGUGAAUGUUGAGAAAGCGUACCUCGACAGGUACGGUCUCAAGGAAAAUGACGCUAUUUUGGCCGAGGAAAAGCACAUGCCAAUCUUCGACGAGGCCCUUGCCCGUCCCGAUGUGCGUCUGAUCGCUGGAGGUGCCGCCCAGAACACCGCCAGAGGCGCCCAGUACAUUCUGCCAGCCAACUCUGUGCUCUACUUUGGCUCUGUUGGAAAGGACAAGUACGCCGACAAACUCAUCGAGGCCAACAAAUCCGUUGGGCUCACCACCGCCUACAUGGUGCAAGACGACGUCGCCACCGGCAAGUGUGCUGCUUUGAUCAAUGGCACCAACAGAUCGCUGGUCACCGAUCUAGGUGCUGCUAACCAUUUCAAGCCAUCGCAUCUGGAGAAGCCAGAAAACUGGGAGCACGUGAAAAAGGCAAAGGCUUUCUACGUCGGCGGCUUCCACCUGACUGUUUCUCCAGAGGCCAUCGAGCUGCUUGGAAAACACGCUGCCGAGGAGAACAAGCCGUUCGUGCUCAACUUCUCUGCUCCGUUCAUUCCCCAGUUCUUCAAAGACCCACUGGCUCGCGUCCUGCCGUACGUUGAUUACGUCAUCUGCAACGAGUCGGAGGCCGCUGCGUUUGCGGAAGCCAACGGUCUUGACGCCUCUGAUCUGGUCUCUGUUGCCAAGUGGAUUGCCAAAUCGGCCAAACUCAACGUCAAGAGGCCGCGCACCGUUGUCUUCACGCAGGGAACCGACCCCACCUUGGUCGUCGUCCACGAGAACGGCGACUUUGCCGUGAAGGAGUACCCGGUGCAUGCGUUGGAGGCCUCGAAAGUGACCGACACCAACGGCGCAGGUGAUGCGUUUGCUGCUGGUUUUGUCGCUGGCUUGGUCCAGGGCAAGGAUCUUGCUACCUCCGUUGACAUGGGGCACUGGCUGGCUAAGCUGUCGAUCCAGGAGAUUGGUCCAUCUUUCCCAUUUCCUAAGCAAACGUACGGUAAUUAG